UGUGGUCAUCAUUUCCAGCAAUGGCUCGAUCCCACAAAACAGAUCCUGAAGCAAGUGAAGGACAUGUGGCCGAUGGUGUUCAGUUUCCGGGUGAAGUUCUAUCCGGGCUGGCCGGAGCGGCUACAGGAGGAGCUCACGCGCUACCAGGUGUACCUGCAGCUCCGCCGUGACCUGCGCGCCGGCCGACUCUCGCCGCCAGAGGAGGAGGCCGCCCUGCUGGCCGCUCUCGUACUCCAAGUGGAGACGGGCGACCACGACCCGGAGGAGCAGCGCGGCCGGUACGCGUCCGACUACAGCCUGGUCUGGCGCGCCAGUAGCCGGCUGGAAGAGCGCACCAUGGAGCUGCACAGUCGGCAGACGCGCGGACUCGACCCCGGACAGGCCGAGAUGACGCUACUCAAACGGGCCGCCCAGCUGGACACGUACGGACUGCGGCCGCAGGCGUUCAAGGACCAGCGCGGAGCGCCAGUGAUGCUGGGCCUCAACUUCCGCGGCAUCUCCGUGCUGCAAGACGGUCGUCGCACCCACCUCUUCCGCUGGCAUGACGUUCAGAAACUCAACUUCGAGAACAAAAUGUUCAUCGUGCACCUGGUUUUCGUGGAAGAUUCGAGAAAUAAGACCAAACGCACAGUCGGCUACAAAAGCGACUCGGUGCAGAGGUGCCGACACUUUUGGCGAGAUGCCACCGAGCAUCGACUGUUCUUCACGUGUGAGUCGUCCCGCAGCGCGCCCCGGAUGGUGCUGGGCGGCUCUCUGUUCUCUCGUCACUCGCGGGUGCGCUUCUCGGGCCGCACCGAGCGGGAGGUGUGCCGACAGCCGGUGCGCCGGGAGCAGCCACAGUUCAGCAGAUACGGGCUGCGUCCAUCGGUCCGGCCCAAGUCUCAGAGUGUACCGGCCACACCGUGUGAAUCGCAGGGCAGCUCGUCAGCGUACGGCGCGGCCCGGCUGCCGCACGACUCUCCGAUCCCGGAGCACACCAGUCUGGCCGACGACGAGACCAUGAUGGUGGCCCCGUGUGGUCCGGACGAGACCGGCGGCCGGCUGCUGCGUCCGCUGGACGAGAUCGUCAGCUACACGCCGCCCUCCAGUCCCGACAUGUCUCCGAUUCGGGCGUACGAGUCUGCCGGGCUGACAUCUCAGCAGCAACAGGACCGGUCCGCCGAGCGGCCGCUGCCUCUCACCACUCUCACUGUACCCACCGACUCACCCCUGCACGGACAAGCGGGCGUGUCGCGUCUGGAGCGCGGAGUGCCGCCGGAGCCGCCGCGCCGGCCGUCCCGCCGGCCGUCUGCUCCCGCCGCCGGCCGCCGGCUGCUGGUGGCGCCGCUGCUGCGCGUGCUGCUGUACGCAGUGCUGACGGUGGCCGCACUGCUGCUGCUGCUGCUGGUGGCCGUGUUCGAGCUGGACACGGCCGCCACGCGCGAGCUGCGUCUGUUCCCCGAGCUGCAGCUGCUGCGCCGGCGUCUGUACCAGCCGGCCCGCGAGCUGGUGGUGCGUGGCGUCAGCCUGUGACCGCGGCGGGCGGCGGGCACCGGCCCCAGAGACAGCUGAGUGCCGGCCGGCGGGGAGGGACGGCCGCAGAGGAGACGGGGUGGUACCUCGGGACUUGGAGGGGACUAUCCUCACGGUUCCAGUAUUGCAAAACUGGCAUUUCCCCGAUUAGAGGAAGCCAUUGGGCCCGAAGAGACGGAUUUUACCCGUUGACACGGUCCACGAGGCAGCCUGGCGGGCUUUCCGUCUAAAGCGACGUUCUUGUGCUUUUAAGCUGUUCGCUUUUGGCUGGAGAGCCAUUUGACUUUGUGAUCCAGUGGGACUCCCGUCGCGUCCUGAGAGGGGCCCGCUUCAUUCCGCAGCUUCAGGGUAGAGGCACGUUUUGUUUGUGCCGAGAGCUUCUAUGGGUCUGCUGGGCGGGUAGCGGCUACUAACCCUGGCCACCGGCCGUUGUGCAAGACACGCCUUCCUCGGAAUAUAUCAUGUGCAAUCGCGCUAGGUGGCGACACUUUCAGCGCUGUAUUUUGGAUGUAGUGAGUGUCGGCUGACGGCAUUUUUUCCCUUGGCCCGGCAGUAUUUUACACUGUAUGCGCGGCGCUUCUGCCAGCGAGGCCAUUUGGCCGUUCGUUUUUUGCCUUUGAUGUCUGGACGUAUACUGUUUGGCAGCUCCUACUUACUGGCAGACUGACGACUUGCAACGGCCACUAACCGUCUUCGAUUAUCGGGACUUACUAUUCUGGCAAGCGAUGACUCGGCGGCCUCUGUAGGUCCCCGAUCGGUCAGCAUGGGUCACCAUUGGCCCAAGAAAGGGCUGUCGGUGACCCCUGCUGACCAGUUUGUGGGGUCACGCAGUGAACCCUGCUGACUCAUGACUGGUCAGUCAUUUGACCUGUAAGCCGGUCAGCACGCCGGGUCGCUGGACCCCUGUAUGCCCGCCAGUGCCGAUUCCAGUAGCUUAUGGCGCGUCAUUAUGGAUGGUUGUGACCCGGCAUCCACCUGAUCUGUCCCUCUUGGCUUUAUUACUGAUGGUUGUUUUGUAUUUUUGUACUUAUGCUGUGCUGCGAAUCUCGACUUUAUUUAUGCGAACGGGUGCCACUUUUGGCAGCCGCACGUUUUUGAUGUACUAGUUUUGUGAUUGUUCUGUGAUUUUGUUGGUACUCGUUUUGUCUGACUGGACGAGUGUUGUGUCGUGUCCGUUAUUGCUGUGCUAAUAUGUCCACACCUACGCACAAAGCUCACUGAAUAAUCAGACUUUAUUCUGCCUACCUA